AUGCAAUUGGUAUCAGUCACUUUUCAGACAGCCCAGCCAGCUCCCAUCACCACCAGCAAUCAAGAUGAAAUCCUUCGUGUGCAUCGCCCUGGUCGCCUUCGCCGCCGCCGCUUUGGCUUCGCCCACCAACGUGGCUACGAUCACCGGACAGACUAGCUCCACGACUUCCCAGGACGGCGAGCUGUUCGGUGACCUGACUCGCCUUCGCAAGUCCGCCUACGGCGGCAGCUCCGGUGGCUAUGGAGGCUCCAGCAUCCCAGCCCCUCCCUGCCCCAAGAACUACCUGUUCAGCUGCCAGCCCAACCUCGCCCCGGUGCCGUGCAGUGCUCCAGCCCCCAGCUACGGAUCCGCCGGCGCCUACUCUGCUCCGGUGGCCAGCUACGUCGCCCCCAACUACGGAGUGCCCCAGCACCAGCAGCAGCUCUUCAGCGCCUCUUACGUGCCACAAGCCUACGGAUACCAGUACUAAGACCGAUCACAGGAAAGGGACUACGAAAUCUGUUGCCUAGAAUCAUAAACUCUGAUGAAUUAAAAAAAAAACCAAAAAUAUGUAUAUACCUUGUUUUCAAAAGUAUAAAAACUUCUGCUUGCAAAACCA